AUGAACACUACAUUUCUAAGUUUUUCGGUCCUCCUUCUCCUGGUGGUGGUCUGCAAUGGCCUAAAAGAAGACGAUAAGAUUGAUAGGUUGCCGGGACAACCUUAUAAUGGGGUGGGCGACUUGAACCAAUAUUCAGGUUAUGUCCCGGUUAAUACCGAAGUUGGAAGAGCAUUCUUCUAUUACUUUGUUGAGUACUCGGGAAAAAAUCCAACAUGGAGGCCGCUCGUAUUGUGGCUUACUGGAGGAGUUUAUUGCUCUUCAGUUGGGAUUGGAGCAUUCACCGAAAUUGGACCCUUCAGGGUGAACAAAGAUAGCAAAACUCUUGACCUCAAUCAAUAUGCAUGGAGCCAAGAGGCCAACAUUCUGUUUGUUGACUACGAGGUGGGAGUUGGAUUUUCAUAUUCAAACACCAGUUCAGAUUACGAUACCUAUGAUUUCAGGGUUACAGUCCGUGAUACAUACGCAUUCUUACUCAACUGGUUACAAACGUUUCCCGAAUACAAAGACUCCGAUGUUUUUCUUGUCGGAGAAGGCUAUUCUGGCAAUAUUGCAAUCCAUAUCGGCCAAUUCCAUCUCCAAGAAUCCAAAUAUCCUAAUGCACCGAAGAUCAACCUCAAAGGAAUCGCCGUGGGAAAUGCAUUCAUUGACAUCGAAUCGGAGUACACAGGAUCUAAUGAGUAUGCUUGGUCGCAUAACCUGAUAUCAGAAGAAAUUUACUUGGGAAUCAAAACCAGCUGUACUUAUAAUUUUUCGGAUAUCAGCACCCAAUGGUCCGACAAAUGCCAGCAAUAUUUGGACAUGCAGAACAAUGCCCUUAAGAACAUAAACGUAUAUGACAUUUAUUCCCCUUUGUGUAAUUCUACUCCAGGGUCAACUCCUUAUGAUUACCAAGGGCCUUGCUCUGCUGAUUAUGUUUCGGAUUACUUUAACAAUCCUAACGUCCAGACUGCUCUUCAUGCCAAUCUAGCUGGUACACCUUAUCCUUGGAGCCUAUGCAACUACACGGCUGGCAAUUGGACUGAUUACCCCGACACUGCGUUACCAGCCAUCACCGAAUUAAUGGCACAAGGGAUUCAAAUUUUGAUUUACAACGGCGAUCUCGAUAGUUAUAGUUCAAUAACAUCUUCCAAAUAUGCCGUUGAUAAGUUAGGGUUAUCAGUGGUCACCCCAUGGUAUCAAUGGUACCACCAAAAUGAGGUGGGUGGCUUUGUGAUUGGAUAUGAAAAUUUGGUAUUUGCGAGUGUGAGAGGAGGUGGCCAUUUCGUUGCUGCAUCUCAACCAGCUAGGGCUCUUGAGCUUUUUACUUCCUUCAUCUUUGGAAGCCUUCCACCAUCUAAAUGA